CUGGGGUCAUCAGUGUAAACAUCCGCGAACAUCAGCUGCGGGUAAAGUCUGAUUGAAAUGAGUAACCUUUCAGUUGCGCAAAAGGAGACCGAGCAACGGACCCCAAAACACAAACAUGGCCAAACAAGCGGUAACAACCAUAUUCUUUGUUCUUUUUCAUUGUAUUAUAAGUUACUGGGCGUUUAUGUCUUCUUGUAGCAUCCACUCAUUCACAAAAAAUAGCAUUCCAGCGAUCGCCAAGUAUUUUGGCUCCAAAGGUCGCUACGAAGAGGUCAACACGUACUUAAUCGGCGAUCUUUUAGCCACAAACUAUUCCCUUGUGACACUACCUCCCUCGAAAUGCAACGAAAUUCAUUUGACAGCUAUAAUCCGGCACGGGACGAGGUACCCGAGCACUAAAAACAUUCAGAAGAUGCGCGAAUUUUAUGAUUUCCUCAUGCGUAAUGCAACCAGCAACUUAAAUGGUUUGUCAGAGAUAAAGUCUCAGUGGAAGAUGUGGUACACGGAUGAAAUGGACGGGCGACUGGUGGACAAGGGCCGUGCGGAUCACAGGCACCUGGCGCAGAGACUCAUCAAAUGGUUCCCUUCUUUGCUGACAGAGGACAAUGUGCGUCACGGACGCGUGAAACUGAUCACCAGCUCCAAGCACAGGUGUAUGAACAGCACCAUCGCUUUCAGAGAGGGACUUAUGGAAGGACUCGGCAGAGAGGUUGAGUUGGAACCUGCUGUUAAUGACGCUUUAAUGCGUUACUUUGACCAGUGUGAACGGUUUGUGAAAGAAGUGGAGAACAACAAGAGUGCCUUGGAGGAGGUGAAACGUUUUAAAGAAGGCCCUGAGAUGAAAAGUGUAAUGGAGAAAAUGGCUGACAGACUGAAGCUCCCUUACGCCAGCAUCACCGUUGGUCAGUGAUGACUUACAGUAAUAUGAUCAUGACCUUUUUACACAGUCACAAAUGCUAAAAUAAAGCAGUGUCGAAAAUGUUGCUGUGCAGUUUGAUAAUAGGCUUGUUCGAGAUGCAUCGGUGCUGUGCAGACCUAUCGGCGUAUGACAUCAGAGCACCGCAAGAGUGAUUGGAGAGCAGACGACUCUUUAGGCUUUUAAAACGAUUUCGCUGUGUUUUGAUGUCAUAUGCUGAUUGGUCUGUUCAGCCCUGAUGUAUCUCAAACGAGUUUAAUGGUAUGUUUGUCACGCCCCCUUACCAUUACUCGUAGUGGCAUGUUGGGGGCAGGGUUUAUGUAAACAUCAGGGUUAGUGAUGUCACAAACCUAGGAAGAAGAUUGUUUUAGUCCCUACCAGCCUUUUUUUGUAGUCCUUAAACAACGAUUUCUUUACAAUAAAAUAUCUCCCUUUG